AUCCUCCUGCUGAGGUUGUUUUCCCAUGUUAGCCAAUUAGCAACCUAGCAUGCAAUUUUUAGGUCUGGCGCCUAGACUGAAUGGUGCUCGCGUGUAUUUUAAUUUGCCAUACAAAUCCGAACCUUGAACGAUUCAUCGUUUGAGAGCGCUGUUACCAAGCUUCAUAGGUUUUGAUUUCUCGGCGGAGCAGAAAGAAGUGAUCCGGAGUGUCUGUUGCGGGAUUCCGCCUCAGUGAGGAGCAUGAGUACAGAAUGAAGCAGCGCUUGGAGGAUCAGGACCCAGUGAUCGGCUCUCAGCGGCGGCUCCCCGGGGGUGUGGACAGCUUUCAGCACCGUGUCCUCAACUCUGCCUCCUCCCUUUACGAGACUGCACCAGACAACAUGCAGCCAUCAUCCAGCAUGCAGUACUCUGUCUCACAGACCUAUCAGUUGUCAAUGGCCCAGAGUUCUGGGGGACAUGGACAUACCAGCAGUUCUGCUGUGCACAGUGGGCCUCAUCACCAUGGGCCAGCGGUCCAGCCAGUGGGCCAGGGUCACGCUCAUGCUACCCCAGCCCCUGCCCCAACACUGGGUCAGCAGCAGUUUCAAAGGCUCAAGGUUGAAGAUGCGCUUUCCUAUUUGGAUCAAGUUAAGCUUCAGUUUGGCAAUCAGCCGCAGGUCUACAAUGACUUCCUGGAUAUCAUGAAGGAGUUCAAGUCUCAAAGCAUUGAUACACCAGGUGUGAUCAGCAGAGUCUCCCAGCUCUUCAAGGGCCAUCCAGACCUCAUCAUGGGCUUCAACACCUUCCUGCCUCCUGGCUACAAGAUUGAGGUUCAGACCAAUGAUCUGGUUAAUGUGACCACUCCUGGCCAGAUCCACCACAUCACGCCGCAUGGUAUCUCUGUUCAGAACCUUCCCAUAACUCAGCCAGCGCAGCUCCAGACCCAAACAGCAGCUCCCACCAGCACUGCAGCCUUGGUCAUCCCUAGCCAGCCAACCCCUGCCAAGAUCAGCAAGCCAAUGCCGUCUCCUGCACUUACCCCAACCAGUCAGCCUAAUCCAUCCAUUCCCUCAUACGCCUCCCCACGCUCGCCCUCGGUCCAGUCCCACACUCCCAUUAGCAGCAGCACUGCCGGUUCAACCCCGCUGCAGAACAACCAGCCUGUAGAGUUCAACCAUGCUAUCAACUACGUGAACAAAAUCAAGAACCGCUUUCAUAACCAGCCAGAGGUCUAUAAAUCCUUCUUGGAAAUUCUGCACACAUACCAGAAGGAGCAGCGUAAUGCUAAGGAGGCAGGGGGAAACUACACACCCACUCUCACGGAGCAGCAGGUCUACGCUCAGGUGGCCCAGCUCUUCAAAAACCAAGAGGACCUUCUUUCAGAAUUCGGCCAGUUCCUGCCAGAUGCUAACAAUUCAUUGUUAUUGAGUAAGACCACAGCUGAGAAAGCUGAAUCUGUGCGUAUUGAUCACGGGGUCACAGUAAAGAGACCCCAACUAAACAACAAACAGAGGUUUAACCAGAAUGGCUGUCAAAUCCGCAGACACCCAGGGCCGCCCACUACACCCCCUGUUAAGAAAAAGCAAAAGGUAAAAGACCAUUCAGUGGCCGAAGCCAGCAAACUUGGAAUUGGUGCUGAAUCUCUCUUUUUUGAAAAGGUGCGGAAAGCACUGCGGAGUUCAGAGGCUUACGACAAUUUCUUACGCUGUUUGGUCAUCUUCAAUCAAGAAGUGAUCUCACGGGCUGAACUUGUGCAGCUGGUCUUGCCAUUUUUGGGGAAAUUCCCAGAGCUUUUUAAAUGGUUCAAGAACUUUCUCGGCUACAGAGAGGGUGCCCAUAUUGAGAGCUUUCCCAAAGAGCGAGCCACUGAAGGCAUUGCAAUGGAAAUUGAUUAUGCGUCCUGCAAAAGAUUGGGCUCCAGUUACAGAGCCCUGCCCAAGAGCUUCCAGCAGCCUCGAUGUACAGGCAGGACUCCACUGUGCAAAGAGGUGUUGAAUGAUACGUGGGUGUCAUUUCCAUCCUGGUCUGAGGACUCAACCUUCGUCAGCUCCAAAAAGACCCAGUAUGAAGAGCAUAUAUAUAGAUGUGAAGAUGAGCGCUUUGAGCUUGAUGUGGUUCUGGAGACAAACCUCGCCACUAUCCGUGUUCUGGAGGCUGUUCAGAAGAGGAUCUCGCGCAUGACUGCUGAGGAACAGGCCAAGUUCCGGCUGGACAACACCAUCGGAGGCUCCUCUGAGGUCAUCCAUCGUAAAGCUAUUCAGAGGAUAUAUGGUGAUAAAGCUCCAGACAUCAUAGAUGGGCUUAAGACGAACCCUGCUGUCUCUGUACCUAUUGUACUCAAAAGGCUGAAAACUAAAGAAGAAGAGUGGCGAGAGGCUCAGCGUGGCUUCAAUAAGAUCUGGAGGGAACAGAAUGAGAAGUAUUACCUGAAGUCUUUAGAUCACCAAGGUAUUAACUUCAAACAGAACGAUGCAAAGGUGUUUCGCUCCAAGAUGCUGCUCAAUGAAAUCGAGACUCUUUAUGAUGAGCGUCAGGAGCAGGCUUCAGAAGACAAUGCCGCCCCUCCUUCAGGCCCUCACAUGACCCUCGUGUACGAGGACAGCCAGAUCCUGGAAGAUGCAGCCGCUCUCAUCAUCCACCAUGUCAAGAGACAGUCCAGCAUCCACAAAGAUGACAAGUACAAAAUCAAGCAGAUUAUACACCAUUUCAUCCCCGACAUGCUGUUCGCCCGGCGCGGCGAGCUUUCUGAUGUGGAGGAGGAGGAAGAAGAGGAGACUGAACCAGAUGAAGAUGGGACUAAAAAGCACAAUGGGACGACGUCAACAAAGUCUAAGCUCCUCUUCAGCCACACAGCAGCCACCCAGCAGAAGCUGAGUAACUGUGAUGAUGCCUACAACCUCUUCUAUGUCAACAAUAACUGGUACAUCUUCCAACGGCUUCAUCAGAUCCUGUGCUCCCGACUGCUACGGAUCUACGCACAGGCAGAGAAACAGAUAGAGGAAGAUGGCAGAGAGAGGGAGUGGGAAAAGAACAUCUUGGGACUGAAAAGAGAGAAGAACGACAGCCCGGCCAUCCAGCUGCGUUUGAAAGAACCCAUGGACAUCGAUGUUGAAGACUACUACUCUGCCUUCUUAGAGAUGGUGCGAAACCUUCUGGAUGGCAACAUGGAGACAUCACAGUAUGAAGACCAGCUGAGGGAAAUGUUUACCAUCCAUGCCUACAUUGCCUUCACAAUGGACAAACUCAUCCAGAGUAUAGUGAGACAGCUGCAGCAUAUAGUAAGCGAUGAGAUCUGUGUACAGGUGACUGAUCUUUACCUUAGCGAGUGUGCCAACAAAUCCACCGGUGGGUCGCUGUCCACCCAAGCUUCUAGAGGAAGUUCUGAGUCAGCCUACCAGCGCAAAGCCGAGCAGCUGAUGUCCGACGAGAACUGUUUUAAGUUAUUGUUCCAGAAGUCUAAGGGGGCUGUGCAGCUGGCCGUGGAGCUGUUGGACACGGAGGAGGAGAACUCGGAUGGACCUGUGGAUACCGAGCGCUGGCCCGACUACGUGGAGCGAUAUCUGAACACCAGCUCGGCCUCUCCAGAGCUGCGAGAGCACCUCUCCCAGAAGCCUGUGUUUCUACCCAGGAACCUAAGGCGAAUCCGCAAGUGCCAGAGAGGUCAGGAGAUGCAGAUGAGAGAGGCCACAGAAACAACCAAGAAAUCCUCAGAGGGCGGCGAGGACUCAAAAAUGGAGUGCAUGUUUAAGCUCAAUUCUUACAAGAUGGUGUAUGUCUUCAAGUCGGAAGACUACAUGUACCGACGCACUGCACAGCUGAGAGCGCAUCAGUCUCACCAGCGAGUAAGCACUCGUCUGCAUCAGCGCUUUCAGGCGCGGCUAGACCGGUGGAGGAAAGAGCACGUGACCAGCGACAUGGCGGCCGCCACUUACAAGUGGCUGAUGGGAGAGGGCCGGGAGGGGCUACUGCCCUGCAGAACCGUCUGUGAGCCCAAGAUCCUCCACUUCCAGAACGUCAACAAAUAUAAAGUCACCUACAGCACUACGUUGUAAAGCUCAAGUUUUUCAAGAGGGCUUUUCUCUCCGUUUUAUGUUUUUACGAUGACUGAAGUAGCACUGAAAUUAAAAUCUGACCGCCAUUUGAGUUCUUUGAAGAUUGCUCAAUUUCUUUUUUAAUUUCUACCUUUUUAAAUUUUUAGAUAGGAGUCUUUUUUCCCCCUGUUGACUUUAUACCCAGUUGGUUAGUGUCCUUCAAUCAUGAGGGCAAGAACACUCUUCUUGCAAAAUGCUGCAGCUCUAGUCAGACUUUCAUUCGAUUUUUAAGACGAUAAGAAUCGGCUUUGUCUUUUUUGAGAGGCUUUUUGUGAAAAGGACCUGUUUACAAAUACAGGUCAAGUUCAUGCCCAUUUGUAUUAUUUUUAUUUUUCAUCUCUUCGAGGUGAAUAGUAGUUUAUUAGCAAUAUGUCUUUUGUGGUUCACUUUAACCACAUACACCACAAUCUCGAUUCAGUAAAAAAAAAAAGCCUCCAGGUUUGGGGCUACGCAGCUAAACCAAGACUGAUGAUGUGUAUUUCCCAAGUGUAUUGUCCGCAAUAUACAUGACAUGUAAUUAAGGUCUCUUUUCACUGGUUAACUACAGCACCAUUAAUGAAGGUCUUACCGUUAAUUAAUAGACAUCUAAGAUACCAGCCACAAUGUGUCACAAUCAAGAACACCAGAAUAAGUACAGUCACAAAAGCUCUUGUAAUGUAAAUACAAUGUAUAUAUGCCAGACUGUUUAUAUUCUGACAGCCUUCACUGUUACGUAGUUCAGCUCUUAGGCUUCCUUAUCAGCUUAGUGGAGGAGGCUAAGAAAACACUUUAUGACUAUUCUUACCAAAGGGAGUACCUGUUUAAAGUGUUUUGUCUGGUCACUCUGUCUCCUCUCGUUAUGUAGUCAUGGAAAUGUUCGUUUCGACAGCUCCAGGUUUGUCCAGAACCUGAGAUUUUGAAUAGGAUGGUUUUUCAUGACGCUAUAUUUGGCCCUUAUGCGAACUUGUAUUCAAAUCUGUGAUAUCACUGCCUGUGUUCUGAGUAGAACUUAGAAACGAUCCUGUUUGGUCCCGUUUUGCCCUCUUGUAACGAGAAGUCUGGAAAUGUAACCUGGGGCACAUUUGUAUGUGCUUUAAGGCUUUGGUCUAUGCUGAAAAAUAUGUAAAACAUAUUUAAAGAAGGCAAUGACAGCAUGUUUCUAUGUUCUCAUGUACAGCCCUUUUAUAUUAUUCAUUAUUGUUUUAAAGAUUGAAAUAAAACAGAAUUGUAGUAGA